CAUUAGUGACUUUUCGAUCUGCCAACUKCAGCAGUUGCCUUCUAGCAAUUGCCUGUAAUAAUCAACUAUAAGCGAUUAAAGGACAGUGGAACAUGGUGUUAACCGCUACUACCGUGUUAUUGGUCACUGCGGCCAUCCAUUGCACGGCUAGUUAUGACAUAUUGGCGAUAUUCCCGUUUAGUGGCAAAAGUCAUUUUCACAUGUUUCGCACAGUUUCGGAAGCCCUGACAGCUCGGGGACACCACCUCACUGUCGUUGGACACUUUCCCAAAUCACCGAAGAAACUCACGAAACUGCAGCAGUCGCAAAUUGGUGACGAAAAUGGCGGCGGCGACAGGGUUGGGUCAUACACUGAUUACAGUCUGUUCGGCUCGAUGCCAGUGUACGAAAAUUUCACAACCGACGAAGUGAUGGGUAACGGUCACCUGAAAGAGAUGCUGAUCAUCCUGCAGGAUGGUUUGGAUAACUGUGAGGCAGUUUUGUCAUCGGGUCGACUCAGCCAGCUGAUUAAGUCCCGGGCCAAAUUCGAUCUCGUCCUGGUCGAGAUCUUCAACACUGGUUGCUUCGUGUCAAUCGCCAAUCAUUUCGGGGCACCAGUCGUCGGUAUAACUUCGACCAGUCUCUAUCCGUGGUUUGGCGGUAUGGUCGGCGACGUGAUUAUGCCGUCGUAUGUUCCGGUUAACUUGUUACCGUUUACUAGUCGGAUGAUGUUUGCUGAACGACUGAUAAACUCUGUGAUCCUGAUAAUGAUGAAAACGUAUUACAAAUUUAAAUACGAACAGGCGGCUCAAGAAAUCGUGGAUAAAUAUUUAGGAAAACUCAACGGUGGUACGGUGUCUGAAUCCCUGAACAACGUGAACGCCAUCAUUGUGAACACCCACUUCGUGUUUGGAGACACCCGGCCGCUGCCACCGGGUAUCAUUGAAGUCGGAGGAUGCACGUAUAAGAAACCAAUGCCCUUGCCAGAAGACUUAGAACGAUACGUGRCCGAAGCCAAACGAGGUGUCAUUUACUUUUCGAUGGGCUCUAUAGUGAAAGGCUCGUCCAUACCAGCAACCCAGUCGCUGGCCAUGCUCCGGGUGUUCGGCCGACUAGACGGCUACAGGGUACUGUGGAAAUGGGAGGACGACCCACCGCCGCUGGAAGUCCGCCCAGAAAAUGUCAUGUUUGUGCCAUGGAUGCCUCAGUUUGAUGUGCUUAAUCACCCAAACGUUAAAUUGUUUAUAUCGCACGGUGGUCUAAUGGGAAUACUAGACGCCCUUUACUCGGGCGUACCCAUCGUCGGAAUACCUAUGUUCGCGGACCAGUAUUCAAACAUCAACUUUGUCGUCCAAAACGAUUGCGGACUUCAAUUGCAACUUGAUCAGAUUGACGAACAGGUCGCCGGUGAAACUAUAUCCACUGUACUCCAUGAUGAWAAGUAUGCAAAAAACGCAAAACGGUUGUCAACGCUGUAUCAGGAUCGUGAACAGGACCCGCUAGAAAAAGCUGUGUAUUGGGUCGAAUACGUUGCCAGACAUAAAGUCAACCUGAUGCUUAAGCCKGCCACUCAAGACUGGUGGUACGAACGGUGUUUGCUAGACGUGGCUGUCACGGUGAUUGUAGUUGUGGCCACCAUGUCAUACUUGGUGAAACGGGUUUUAGCCAAAAGCCGAAUAACUGUAACUGCUGACCACCACUAAGACCAUACUAUAUUCACAAAAAUCCAAUAAUGACAACCAUGUCGAAUAUCUUCGUUCAGGGCCUGGUUUAUAUAUAAUAUCAAAACUCAGAGGAAUAUACAUCGAAUUAUAUAUAUAUUUUUGUAAUGCAAUGCCCUAAACUGAAGCGUUGUUGUAGGGGAAAUGGUCACUUUAAUUUCUGCAAUAAGGGGUGAAAGAGAGAUUUGGCUUUCAGCAAAGUUCCUAUUUACCUGUAGGUAAUAAUAAAUUUAGCAAUCACCGGUCAAUCCUUCAACCAAAAAAUCUUGUUAUUUAAUUUAUUAUAUAAUAUUGAUAAGUUAUAUGAUAACUAUAGGGCCCGGAACUUGAUACAUUAGCGUCUUUUUUUUAAUGCUCACAUUCAAUAUGUUUGUCCAUACAGAAAUUCGUUUCACGAAGUAUAGAAUUUAAUGAUAAUAUUUUUAUUUUUUGCAUUUUUAGGGAAUUUUAUUUUUUUUUCACUUAUUUUCUAUUUCUAUUUGCAUUUUUCUUGUUGAAAGUUACACAAUAUGCAGUUUCCAUUAACUUGUCCAUUAUCAACGUUCAUUACCUUCCUUUUUUUGUCACGAGAACAAUAAAUUCGA